AUGCAACAACCUCUCACUUAUGGCUCUCAUAUCUGUUUGAAGUUGAAAAGACCGGUCAAUGUAUGCUUAUAUCCGAAGAAUACGGAGGAGAUCCAUGAAGCCUCUCCAUCCUAUUUUAUGAUGGAACGAAAGGAAGAAGGCUCUCUUGUAUUUUCUGAAAAGACUGGAUAUAGCGGUUCCGAUGCUGAUACCUUUAUGGUUACCAUGCCCGGAGGUUUGUUAGCACCCGAUGUAAAGCCUAUUCAUUACGGAGAGCCCUUUUGUAUCAAACAUGUGGCAAGCCAGAAAUUUGUGGUUGUUGCAGGCUCGGAAGGAAAACAUUUGGAUUGCAUCUUUGAUUUUGUAUGUGCCAAAGGUGAGGAAGAAAUGUGUUUUGUGAGGAGGGAGAACCCUUUUGAGAAAAAUUCAGAUGAAAUUGUAGACUGGUCUGAAACCAAUAAUGCUGACAUUAUUCUUCGGUUGGGAGAUGGCUCCGAUCACUAUCCCUAUGUGUUUGUAUCUUGUGCCAGCAUGGAGAAUCUGAGAGUUGCCAAAUUAAUUUCGGAACCUGAGCAUGCCUGUGUUUCAUCUGUAACAAUAUUACGAGAAUUUACUACUGACCAGUAUGACGAAAAGAAAUAUGGAAGAUUUGCAUGUCUCUUGAAGAAUCAUUUGAUAAAAGAGGGUGAAUACACAGGGGCUCAUCAAGCCUUAAUUUUUGACUCUCAUGCGCAACAAAUUUUGAGCCUAUUGCCAAUUCCCCAAAACGAAGAAGAGAAUUUGCUUGUCCCCUCAUGUGACGAGCUCUCAAACUUGUUUCAUACCAUUGUGAAAAGGGAACACCUUUCAAAACAAGUAGCAAAAAUUACUCUGUUAGGCAAUGAAUUUAUCAUUCCAGAAGAGAAGGAAAUGCUUCUCAUGCUCUUAAAGAAAGCCUAUGUAGAUUCAUGCGCAGUUUGGCGUGCAACUCGAACCCUCAGUGGCGACACACAACUACGAGUGCUUGCCACAGUGAUUGACGAGAGGUAUCUUGUGUUGACAAACUGUGCAAACGACUUGGAAGCCUUCAUGAGAGGUCGUUCCUUAAUGGCAUUAUUGGUUAAACGAAGUGUCGACAACGGAAAGUUAUUAGACUUUUAA